AGCAAAUCGCUACAUUGGAUGAAUGGAAGGCGGUCGGCGAGUGUUUGGAGUGGAAGAAACAAAGCUAAAAAAGGAGUAGAACUUUGUUUAAAAGUUCUCUGAGGAGAGGCGCUUCCUUUAAAACACCACCGUGGGCAUUUAUUUCUAGAUUCCUCCCUCACCGUGGGCAUCAAACUUGCAAGCCGAGCCCAACAAACGGCGAUUUCAGCGAGGAGCAUUUAAUUUUGAAAUGUUAAACCACGGCAACAGGUUACGAUGUGCGUGUUUUAGUUGACGUGAGGACAUAGGCUAUCUUAAAAACACGCACCUUGGUCACACUUCGCCUUCCACGCGCUCGGCGUGAUGUGGAGGUCGAGUCGAGCCGAGCUUCACGUCUAGUGUGCAGGACAAUGUGGGAGAGCUUUUGACCGGACAGCUAGCCAAACUGAAACUUCACGGGGUGAUUAGCAAUUAGCAUCGGAGCAAACCGGCACGCGAACCUGCUCGGAACCGGUGAGGGUUCCCCCUUUUCUGCCUCACCACCACAGCACCACCACCAAAAAAAAAAAAGCACGACCGCAUGCCUUCAUGGUUCCGAACAAGUGGACCAUGAAUUCAGUCCUGCACAAGUCGCCUCCUCGGAGCUGGCUUGGACUCAAGUUGAGGCUCAAUGACAAGCCUGUCCAGGAGGAUGACUGGGUGGUGUGCCAGCACCCUGAGUGCCCUGACCGACGCAGAGCUUCAAAGGUUUGUCACCACCCCGACUGCCAAGACCUGAAUAGCAAAAGCCCCCUUCACAUGUGUGAGUCAUGUGACUCGCGCUGCCACUCGGAGAAGAACGACAACAUGCACUUUGACCGGCACCCCAGAUUUGACUUACAACCUCAAGCCUCCAUCCUGGCUCGGAACGUGUCCACACGAUCCUGCCCCUCACGCACCAGCGCCCCCUCCGACCUGGAGGAAGAGGAUGAGGGGAGCAGUGACCACUGUGAGAAGAAAGCUGGGGGUAUGAAACUGGUGAAGAAGAAACCACGGAGGAGACACACUGAUGACCCCAGCAAAGAGUGCUUCAGUCUCAAGUUUGACCUCAACGUGGACAUCAACACAGAAAUAGUACCUGCUAUGAAAAAGAAAACCUUGAGAGAGGUUCUUGGUCCAGUGUUUGAGAGGAACGGCAUCGAGCUAUCAAGUGUCGACUUGUUCCUGGAUCAGUCCAACACGCCGCUGUCCCUCAACUUUGAGGCCUAUCGAUUUGGUGGACACUACCUCAAAGUCAAAGCACGGCCUGGCAACGAGUUAAAAGUGGAGCAGGGGGUGAAAGAUAUGAGGUCGCUUAGCCUACCCAACAUGAAGCCUGCCGGGAGUCAGACCCCCUACAUCCUCACACCGGCCACUGAGAGGGUGGAGCACGGAUCUCUAGGACGUCGUGAGGGUGCCGAUCCGCUGGGUCAGUCCCGGCGGAGGAAGAACAUGACUGAGUUUCUGGGGGAGACAAACAUUCCCACACCGGAUACGCUUGGGCAAAUGGGUGGCUCGCUCCCUGGCAUCGGCUCCGGUCCUGACAGCUGGAAGAACCGAGCCGCCAGCCGCUUCAGUGGUUUCUUCAGUUCCAGCGCCGCCACGGCAUCCUUCGGCAAGGAUGUGGACCGACUGGAACAGCUCCACAGCAAGCUACACUCGUACACGUUGUUCGGGCUGCCCAAAGUGCCACCGCAGCUCUCCUUCCACCAGGACUCUUGGGAGGAGGAGGACGAGCAGGAGCCCGACCUGGUCCUGGAGGACAGCUGGCAGAUGUUGCUGGACAACGCUGAGACUUUGACAAGGAGACAGUUCCACCAGCAAGAGGCUAUAUGGGAGCUGCUGCAUACCGAGGCCACCUACAUUAAAAAACUCAGAGUCAUCACUGAUCUCUUCUUGUGCGGCCUGCUCAACCUUCAGGAGAGUGGUCUGCUCACUGAGGUGGAACCCCCACGGCUCUUCAGCAACAUCCAGGAAAUUGUUCGUCUGCACACGGCCCUCUGGAACCAGGUCAUGCUCCCUCUUUUAGACAAGGCCAGGCAGGCCCGGGCGCUGCUUGACCCCACCGACCUUCAGCAUGCAUUCAGGACGUUUGCCUCCAGGUUCAAGCCGUACAUCCAUUACUGCAUGGAGGAGGAAAUCUGCAUGGAGAACAUGCGAGCGCUUCUCAGGGACAAUGAGCUCUUCAGGACCUACGUCACCUGGGCUGAGACGCACAAGCAGUGCAACCGUCUGAAGUUGGCAGACAUGUUGGCAAAGCCUCACCAGCGGCUGACCAAAUAUCCCCUCCUGCUGAAGAGUGUGCUCAAGAAGACGGACGAGCUGCCGGCCCGGGAUGUCAUUGGCAGCAUGGUGGCCUCGGUGGAGGGCUUCAUCGACAGCAUCAACUCACACAUGCGACAGCGACAGGAGCAACAGAGGCUGGCAACCAUUUCUGCCCGCAUUGAGUCCUACGAAGCAGUAGAGGGCAGUAGCGAGGAGGUAGAAAAGAUCCUCAAGGAGUUCAACCACUUCGACCUCAUGGCUCCGAUGAGCGGAACGUCUGCUGAGGAGACUCGACAGCUCCACCUGGAGGGCGCUCUGAGGAUGAAGGAGGGCAAAGAUAGCCGGAUGGACGUCUACUGCUUCCUUUUCACUGAUCUGUUGCUCAUCACCAAGCCCGUGAAGAGAGUGGAGAAGGUCAAAAUUAUCAGGCAGCCUCUCCUCAUCCACAACAUCGUCUGCAAGGAGUUGAAAGACACAGGCUCCUUCAUCGUCAUCUACCUCAAUGAGUUCAGGAGCGCUGUGGCUGCCUACACGUUCCAAGCCAACAGCGCCCCCCAGGGGCGAAGCUGGAUGGAGGCAAUCUGCAACGUCCAGAACCAACUCCAGAGACUUCGCACCGAGGAAGUGAUCCGGCUGCAGAAUUCUCUGACGAGUUGCACGGAGGGGGAGGAAGAGCGGGAUGAGGAAGAGGAAGAUGAGAGCAGCAACUCCAACACAAGCUCACCUUGUCUCAGGCACAAAGAUCAGCAUAAUUUAAGUCAGUCGGAUGGUUCCACUGAGACGUUGUCAGUGAUGGAAGUCGACGAGCUGUCUGAGUCGCAAGCGUCUUCUGCUGCCAGCGUUAUCCUCGAGGGACACGCCGACACAGCCGCUGGCAUCUCCGCCCUGUCGGAAGUUGAGCAGCCUGCAGGUCUCCACAGGACCUCCUCCAGCGCUUACUGUGAGCUGGAUCAGGAGGCGGAUCCUCAGUGUCGCUCUCUCUCUAUGGACAGCGCAUACGGUACGCUAUCCCCGGAGUCGCUGCUCAGAGAACUUCGGCCCCCGCAAAGUGAAGAAGAGGGUGCUGAUGAGGCGGAGGAGGAGGAAGAUGUGGAGGAAGAGGAGGAUUCUGCAUCACUUGGCUCGCAGUUGUCAGUGGCCCAGCCAUGCAAACCUCGACGGAGGGCUCAUGUACGGUCAAGGCUCCACUGCCUCCAGAAGCUGUCCACUCUGGUCUUAUCGCGCUCCGAGGACAACCUCCUACAGCGCCUCCAUGGCAAAACGCCGCCCUCGCACAACCGCGCCAACCCACUGCACACGGGCGCGUCCUCGCUGGCGCACAGCAAGAGCCUUUCGGAGCUCGGGAGCAACAGCGUCGACAGCUUCCCCGUCGACCUGCGCCGGGACGUCCUCAACGAGGGCGGGCCUGACGUCACAGGCAGGGAAGCUCAGAGGAAGUCCGAACCGGCGGCCGGCGGUGAGGUGGGAGAAACGUCGCCCAGAGAGAGGAAAUCGCCAGCUCAGCAGCAUAAGAAACUGACGCUAGCACAACUCUAUCGAAUACGCACCACUCUGGUCCUCAACUCUACGCUCACCGCAUCGGAGGUGUAACCACCAACCUGCACUCUCUCUCUCGAUCUGUCUCUGUUUCUGUCUCUCGACGCCCCCACCACCACUCCGGCACUCGCCAUGCCGUGAACACCGACCUUCAGUCGCCCCCACCCCGUCCUUCACCUCUGGCUUGUGGGCAGCCGGCAGGCGAGAGACUUUUUCACUGCUUGCACUUUGCGGAGGAUGUAGCACCACUUGGGGGCGCCGCUGACCGUCCCUUCACUGGAAGAGACGCGGGGGUGGGGUCCCAACCUCUGGAACAAGACCCAGGGUGGAUGUUGUUGUGACUUUUUGAUUUGCUUCAACAAGAGGAAAGAUAAUUGCACAUUUGUUAAGGAAAACAAGAAGAAUCACUAAGGAAGUUUGUGCGUGUGUGUGUGUGUGUGUGUGCAUGCGUGCGUGCGUGCGUGCCUGCGUUUGUGUUUGACUGAUCAAUGACCAAAAGUGGACCAUACAACCAAAGACGAGUACAUCAGUUUUUUUGUUCUAGCUGCUGGCAUUCUCGUUUCCAUUUUCGGUUAAUUUCAUGGCCCAGCGAGGUGGGAGUGGGGUCAUAGACCACGGCCUAAACGCGAGUAACUGACGUUGUAGGGCUUUACUGCACUACAACGUAUUAAAACACACACACACACGACAGUCCCUUGGCUGCGCUUUUUAUUGCUGGUCGUGUUUUUGGAUUUGUAGCAAGGUUGAGCAAAUUCGUUUGGGUGUUGAAUAUUCCAAGUACGCCAGUUCUUCCCUCCAGACAAAACACACUUUAACACUUAGCUUUCCAAACCAAAUAGCGUUUGUCUAUUGACUUUUUUGUUCUGGUGAUGUUUAAUAUUUAUUUUGUACAAAGGAGUAUUAAGGUCUCGCAGAAGAGAAAAAAUAUAUGCUGUACUACAAGUGAAGACACAAGAUUAGUUGUAAUACCAGGAAAAAAGUAAAAUAUUAAGGGAAUGAAAUCAUAUUAAAAAAAAAAUCUAUCAGAAAUCAUUCAAACUAUUAUGAGGAUAAAGUAAACAUUUUACAAGGAAAUGUUUUAAAAAAUAGUCACAUUUAGGGGAAAGUCAUAAAUACAGUAUUGAGUCAUUUCCACUUGAAUUGAUCACGUCUCUAGAGAGAGACUCUUGCAUGUUCAUUUCCCAUCGUUGCAAGUUUGUUCAUGUAAUAUGAUUUUAUUCAUGAAAUAUUUCGAAUUGAUUCUCAUUUUUUUUCCUUUCCAGUAAGGCUCUAAUGCUCCUUUGUAAUUGUACUUGCUAUGUUGUAUGUAUAAAUAUAAAUAAGAUAUUGUUGAUAUUGUUGAGCUUCCAACAUUUGUUGAUUAUUUUUUGUUGACGUAGUCUUAAAAUGAGUUUCCUCGUUGGUCACCAAUUUGCUGCCAACCAAAUCAUGUGUUUCCUGAUGUUAAAAAGUGUCUCACGGAAUAAAAAAAAAAAGGAUUCAGAAGUGCGUUGCAAUCCCUGCUUUAAUGGUUUAAUCCACCCUAAUGGAGCCAACGCGCAUUAAAACCUUUUG